AGUGACAGAUAAUGAGAGCCUAAAUUAAAUUGAUGGGACUGGAAAGAAAGGGAAAGACUCAAAAACGCUAUAGCAUGGAGUUCAUACUUAUAUUUGGCAUUCCUCUAAACCUUGCAGCUCUCGCCUCCAGAAUAUGAUGGCAAGUCACAUUGUAAAACCUGAUACUAGAAAUUGCAAGAGACCAAGAGAACUGGAGCCUCAAAUGCAAGAGAGUCCACAACUGUCCUCUCUUGGAAAAUCAGAUUCCUCUUUCUUGGAAAGCUCUGGACUAUUUUAUAAAGAUGAAUCCCUGGACAAAGAUUUGAAUGAUAUGAGCAAGGAAAUUAAUCUAAUGUUGUCUACAUAUGCAAAGAUCUUAAGUGAGAGAGCAGCAGUAGAUGCAUCUUAUAUUGACGAGAUAGAUGGACUCUUCAAAGAAGCCAAUACUAUUGAAAACUUUCUAAUACAAAAAAGAGAGCUCCUGAGACAGAGGUUUACAGUGAUUGCGAAUACACUGCACAGAUAA